AUGUUGGAAGGAAAGGCGGUGGUGGAGGACACCGACAUGCCGGCGAAGAUGCAGGCGCAGGCGAUGUCGGCGGCGUCCAGGGCCCUCGACCGCUUCGACGUCCUCGACUGCCGGAGCAUCGCGGCUCACAUCAAGAAGGAGUUUGACGCGAUCCAUGGCCCCGGAUGGCAAUGCGUGGUUGGCUCCAGCUUCGGCUGCUACUUCACGCACAGCAAGGGGAGCUUCAUCUACUUCCGCCUUGAGUCGCUCAGGUUCCUCGUCUUCAAAGGGGCGGCAGCAUGA